CUGCAACUUUAACUGUCUAAUAUUUUUUUCUGACUUCUUUUGUUGUCAAACUAUUUUUUAUCGGCAAAAUCUUCCUUUACUCUUCAACACUGGUUAUUUACCCUACCUGUCGGAAUCUUGUCUGUGUGAAGCAUUGACCAUUCGGGAACGUUUUGUUAGUCUUAUCUCCCUUCAAUUGGACGUAACAUUAAAAAAAAAUCUCAAUAUGAUGUCCAGAUCGAUCCGGGCUGAAACGCGAAGCCGAGCAAAAGAUGAUAUCAAGCGUGUUAUGCAAGCUAUCGACAAAGUUCGUAAAUGGGAAAAGAAAUGGGUGACUAUUGGUGACACGACUAUGAAAAUUUAUAAAUGGGUUCCAGUGCCAAGCAGAGAAGCACAGACUCGUGCCAAGGGGAAAAAUGCAUCAAAUAGAGGUAACAAGGAAAACAUUGAAAAAUGCUUGCAAGAAGGAAAGUCUUCAAGUGGCAAGAGUUCUCCUAUUGGAAGUGAAAGUAAAAAUAUUUGUACAAGAGAAUCCAGUUCUAUAUCAAGUGUCAUGGAAGAGUCAAGUUUAGGAUUUGCAGACAUAAGUCAAGACUCGCGAGCUGCUAGUGAUGAUGCCACUAACUUAAGCAUGGAAAACAGCAGUGAUGCUCAAUUUCCAGAUUCUCAACCAGAUGGGUCUAUGCACUUGAAAUCAGAUGAUUUAAGUGAAGACAGCUGUGAGCCACCUUUAAAAAAAAGGCUAACAAGUGAUAAAGACUAACAAUGUUGCUUAAACAAGAACUAUUGAGAUAAUUUUAGUUAUGCUUAAGAUAAUUCUCUUGUGAUCAAAUCUUCAAAGAAAUUGUUUUGUAUGUUUUAAUAGUUUUCAAAUCUGCCAAAAUCAGGGUUUGCAGAUGUAGACCAAGCCCAAAAAAAAGCUAGGGGAUUUUUUUUUUCAUAUUUAAAAAAUUGAAAAUGCAUCUCCAGUCAUUUUUCUUUGCUAUUAAAAAACCAGUUUGUUCUUUGAAAGUAUCUACUGAUUCUUUUAUAUAUUUAACUUGACAACUAUACAUACAGAAAUAUUGUAAGCUGAAGUUUUUUUUUCUUUCCUUUAUAAAAAAACUUUCGAUAGCUUGGCUUUGACAUCAUACCUAAUCAAAAGCAACUAAUUUAUAAUUAUUGAAAUAUUUGAUUUGAACCAAAAGAAUAGAGUUCAUUCAAACUUGCAGAAUCGUUUUAAGCAUAAUUUAUUGGAAUGUAUUCAAGAACAUUUUAUAAGUUUUCAAACAAUGAUGAAUCUUUUCUAUGUAGAUAUGUACAAAGUUACAUUUUAUGUUUAUUGUAUAUAUAUAUGCGUGUCCUUAAAAUUGUUUAAUGUUUUACUGAUUGUGUGUUUAACAAGACUUUUUUUUUUACACUUAAAAAAAUUUAAAACUUGAUAUAUACUGAGUGUUUUUACUAUUUGUAUGUAUAUAUUGCCAUUUUAUCUAUUGUCAGAGCAUGGCACAAUCCAUGCUAAUGUUUUUCACUGUAUGUAGAUUUUACAACAAAUGUGCUAGAUUAAAAGUAUUCAAAAGUGUCAAAAAUGAA